AUGUUCAUAAUUUACAAAGACACAGCUUGGCCCAGAAAGAAUCCUCCUGAAGCUGCUAUUUUGGGUCAAUCACUUCCAGCGUGCCUUCUCUCCCCGUCCAACAAAUUUCUCCCGGGUGGGGACUCUACCCUCUCAGGGACACAUGAAUCUACUCAUCCGCUUACGAGGAUGGUAGGAGGCACUGACCAUCUCCGCCCGGCACACCAUCGCAGACACAAACAUCUUUGA